AUGGGCACCGUGGAGCCCGUGCAGCAGUUAGAGGCCGAGGGGAGAACUGAGCAGAGGGAUAUCAGGAAAGCAAAGUUGAAAGAAAAGAAGGAGCAGAAUCAGAACGAGGCUUUACUCCAGGCCAUCAAGGUUAGGAACAUCAGGCUAGCCUCUGAAGCUGCUGGUCGGGAUGAAGAUUCAGACUCAGAAGGUCUAGGUGCGCUUUUCCUGGAUGGGCUCAGCUCGGAGAACCCCUAUGGAGCCAGGCUGAAGGUAGACGAGCAGGGCAGGUUGAGCUGGCCCGUGCUCUUUCUGUACCCGGAGCACGCCCAGUCGGACUUCAUCGCUACGUUUCACGAGGACUCCAGGUUUAUUGAUCAUCUAAUGGUGAUGUUUGGUGAAACACCCUCUUGGGACUUAGAGCGGAAAUACUGCCCUGAUAAUUUAGAGGUCUACUUUGAGGAUGAAGACGGGACAGAACUCUACCGGGUGCCUCUCAAGAGCACCCUACUGCAGGUGCUGCAGCACCCCCGGUACUUUGUAAAAGCCCUGACACCGGCAUUUUUGGUCUGUGUAGGAUCCUCUGCUUUUUGUAGGAAUUACCUCCAGGGGAGAAAAGUGCACCAGGUGAAGUAACCAAGCCAGGCGGAGCCAGGGCCCCUGGAUCUCCUCCCUCAUUCGCCUCUGCCUGAAAUCCAGCACAUUUGAAUCAGCUGAGCCCUACACUUUAUUUCUGCCACCCUGGGGACAGUGGCGGGGGGAGAGCUGCUGACUUCCCUGAACUACAUUCUCUCUGGUGAAAGUGCCAAGCUCCAGCUGGUCUCCAGUCUAUUCUGUUGAUACACAACUCUGUACCUUGGUCAUGACAUCCUUGGACUCACUGUGAGCUGUGUUACCACCAGCCUCUAUCCCUGAAGGGACCAUCUUACAGUCACCACAGCAGCUGACCUGAGGAAGUCCUGGCCUGUGGACACAGACUCAGGAUCCAGUUGGCUGGACCUUUAUGAUGUUAGAGGCCUCAGAGAAGCUACCCCUCAAACCACGCGUAUACACAAACCACACAAAUAAUUUUAAGGCAUUCAGGCUGAGGGACUCCAACCUCCAGGUUCUCGUGAGCCGAGAGGCUUGCUCUUUGGGGAUACUGUUCUUGGAGUGAGAUGAGGUCACGAAAGCUGGCUCUUGUUUUUGCACCUGUAAAGACCUACAAACCGGGAUCCUGCAAAACCCCUAGAAAGUUUACCAGUUUUCCUGACCUGUGUAGUAGGGCAAACUGACAGACUUGGAUGGUGGACUCUUGAGUUCCUCUCCAGUUUUCACAUUUUAGGAUUUUGUGCCUUUUGAACCUCUUUUGGCAGUUGAGUCAUUGUCAUAGGUUGUAUUUUUGUGUGCAGCUGUUCGCUCCUCUUUCCUAGAGGGUGUAGCCACGGGACUGCUUGCAGUAUCCGCCCCAUCCCACGGGGGAGGCAAAGGGACGGGGGUGGGCUCGUCCAGACGGGAGGCCGGAGAGCAUUGCGUGGUGCGUUCAUGCUUCCCAGCUAGCGGCUGUUCCAUCAGCCUGGGUGCCAGCAUGGUAAGACAUGGAGCAGAGCUGAAGGAGCUGACUGCAGCUGUUGAUUGUAACGUGAAUGAGAAAUAAAUGAGAUUUGGGGGUUGUUACUGUAGCAAAGCUAAGUAAUACAUCAUUAAACUGAAACCAGCUGCUGUCCUUAAGAUGGACUAAUUUGA